AUCUCACUAAAUAAAAAUUAAAUUGUUCAUCAUCUCCUACGCCCGUUAUUAUAUAGCAAAGCCCUGUUGGAGAUUUUGAAGUGUUCAAACCAAAGACAAAAGAAACCCAAGAGGAUGAGCAUAAUGAAAGCCCAGUCCCAUCUCAUCACCUUCUUCUUGUUCUUCUUUAUCUUUUUUUUCUGCGGUUUGGUUUGUAAGGUUGGUGCAGCAAGUGUGGCAGAUAAGUGUACCAAUGAUUUGCAGAAGGUGUCUUCGUGCCUGAACUACGCGACGGGGGCUGCGAAUACACCGACGAAGGAUUGCUGCACUGCUGUGAAGGAAAUAAGGGACAAUAAUCCGGUGUGCUUGUGUUACUUUAUCCAGCAGACUCACAACGGUAGCCAGGAGAUCAAGGGUUUGGGUAUCAAGGAGUCUAGGCUGCUUCAGCUACCUACUGCAUGCAGCCUAAAAAACGCUAGCAUUAGUAAUUGCCCCAGUCUGCUAGGACUAUCUCCUAGCAGCCCAGACGCUGCAAUAUUUACAAAUGCUUCUUCAUCAGGAACACCCACUCCAACGACAGGAGCAUCAUCGUCAAACGAGACAGCUAAGGGUGUCCGUAUUGGAUCUGGGCUUGGACCCAAUUCGGCUGGGCUGAUGGCGACUGCUAUAACCAUCUUCUUUCUCUUUGCUUUCCCAGUUGGGUCUGGGUCUGGGUCUGCCGCUACCUUUGACACACGAGGAUGAUGAAGUUUCACCUAACACGAGUACUAGCGAAGCUUCCUUUUUCUUGGUUGUUCUAAUCGCGACCUUUUAGGACUUCAAUACUCGAUUGUCUUUGCAUCAUGUUGUUUUUGAUGACUCGCUGUUACAUUAUCUUAAUUUGCUAUGUGUUCCGUAAUUAGCAACCUUUUUUUAAAUUGA